AUGGUUUCGUUUCCUUUCAAGAAAAAGCGCACCCCUGGCGCAGCAGAGGCUGCCAAUCCGCCCAGUUCCGGCCUCCGCGGCGCCGACGCAUCCACUGCCGGCAACGUGGUGAUUCCGCGCAUCAAUACGCUGAUGACAGAGUCAACGUCUGGCUCAACCUCGGCCCCUGUGUCGCCCGUGAGUAAGCGCCUGGCGCUGGACUUGCCGCGCCCGCCGCCCAACUCUGCUGUCCGCCACUCGCGUGUCUUAUCGCUGGCGCUGGUGGGUGCUGGCCUCGACGCCAUUUUCUCCCCACUGCAGUCUUUGCGCCAACGCCAGCGCGACAUCAUCCACGACUUAUCUCCCGAGUUGGUGCCUGUGGUCAAUUUGAUCACCGCCCAGCGCCUCCGUGAAUACAUGGCAGGUACCGUCACUGUCGUUGUGCCGGGCUCUGCCCAAGGCAUCCGUGCAGAUGCUCUGCUUGUGGGCACCGAGCUUCUGCUUACGCCGCCCGGCGGGCGCCCGCGCUACCUAAACGUGCAGGACUGCCUGAUUAUCCCCACUACGGCUCGCCAGGGCCAAUGCGACUUGGUAAUCUUGCAAGACUUUGAGAGCAAGCAGGCGACGCUUCGGUGCGAUGACGAUGCAGAUGCCUUCAUGUGGCUUGCGGCGUUACACUUGGCCAAGUAUGAAACAUCCGCUCUCAACGAAGCAUUUACAGGCGUCAUGUUGUCGCUCAAAGGUCCAGACUUGUCUGACGUUGACACGCUCUUGUCGCCUCGCAAGCGUUUCCCUCGCUUCGAGUGGUGCAACAUGCGUUUGCCGCAGGUAUCUUCUAAGUGGGUCAAGGUAUACGUCGCUGUGACGCCUGGUGACUCGAAGAAAAAGGGCCGUGUCGAGGUCUACACUUCAGACAAGAUGACCAAGCGCCUGUUGGUAUUGUAUGUUAAUGAUGCCGAUGCACUUUACAACGUGUACCCAGAGGACUACAAAAUGAUUGACUUCAACCUGAUCAUGAAACUUGAAGGCGAGGUUUUUGUCAGUAAGCUGCAUGAGCACUUGUUUCAUCACCACGACUCUGGCCCAGACCUGCCCAAAUCUUCCAAGGUCCGCACGCGGGUUGGUCUGCUGUCUUCACUCGCAUCAAUGACCCACAACCCUCCUCCGCCCUUGAGCACUCUUCCAAACAGGUCGCGAAGCAGUUCUGUUAACUCCACGUCCAGUUUCUUUGUGAAUGCUCCAUCGCCAGAUCCAGAGGCAUCUCCUUCGCUCACACCUCGCUCACCUCCAUCUUCUGCCCAUUUUUUCAAAAAGCAAACUGCCAAUAACUUUGUCACUACCAACUACUUAUAUUUGAUGCCUCUUCCGCAUCCAGGUGUGAGUGCUAUUGAAAUCAUGAUCCGCAAUUUUAUCCAUUGGGUGGACACAUUUAAGCUCUACGGCCGGCCCGAACACCUCAGCAGUGACAAGACAGACCCAGAAUCCAUGCUUUUUGGCUUGCCACGCUUGCCCUGCUACGGUUACUUGUCAAUGGAUGAUGCCUACAACGUUGUGGAAGCCAACUUCGAUAGCGCGCGUUACAACUCGUGGGGGCUGCGUGAGUGGAAAAAAUGCUUCAAAGAUCUUAUUCGUUGUAAGCAGAUGGACUCGGAGUACCAAGGCGUGGGCCGCAUUGGUGAUCUCUUCAACUCUGUUGAUGGGGACAGUACUGAAGAAAACAGCUUUGCUGAAGAGUAUCCAUCGCCUCGCAUCACUCUCCCAAAGAUGGCACCGCGUGUCGCUAGCCCCAUUUCUCUGAAGCUUCGGUUCAGUAGCACACGCGACGACACCUUUGAUACAUUGGGUGCGUUAUCUUUCAGCGACCCGGAGAUUGGGCUUAACGACGGCCAGUACUUAGGUAAGCCACUCGACGAUAAGAAUAGCACCCUGCGUCCGCGCCUGAUGGAAUUGCCCCCACCACUGCAGAUGGUCCGUGAUGACACCAUCCACUCGCUUGAACCCAUUCCGGAUAUGCCUACUCCAUUGGAUGAUCCCGCCGGCGUCAACUACUUUGGCUUUGUGGACGAGAAAUUACGAGCAACGCCUGUGGACUCGUUCAGUGUGGGCUGA